CGACAAUUUUCCGCAUGGCAAGAAUGAGGAUCGAAGCACAGACAAACAUUCCAGCAUCAAUCUUGGACCCUCUGUCUGUACUCCCGGCUCAGUAAUAUUAGCUGCGUGCCUCCGCGCAGGCGAUGAAGACGCCGGCUGCGCCUUCUCGAAGUCUUCUGCGCUAUCUUCGAUCUCAGUCGGACACGAUCUUCGCAAAUUCCAGUCACUUCGCAACAUGUGCUCGAACGCCGUGUAGAGCUAUAUCCACGACUGCCACCCGCAAGCGGCUCUCCCCGCCUGAUGACAUAUGGCAAUCUGUGCGGGAGCCAUGCAAAGCUCUUCCUCCCCCGAAAUGCAGUCCCCCAAAUCCUCCACAGUCUCGCAGCGCCAGUACAGAGAGCCAUAAGCAAAGUUUCUGGCGACGAUGGCUACGCCACAGGGCCAUUGCAGCACGUUCAAAACUGCCACGAGAUGCUCCAACAACAUCCUCACCCUACGGCUACGACGAGACUUCGGCCCAACUCUUCAACCUCUCCCGCGCCCUUUCUCGUAACACCAGCGGCGCAGAAUUGAAACUCCGUUGCACCGAGUUUGACGCCAAUGGCUCGGUUACAAUGGUAUCGGGCGAGUUCAAGAAAUCGGAACUCAUCGCAAAAUAUGGGUUGCUGCCUCGAGAUCUCCGAAAGAUCGACUCCUCCGUCCUUCCGCAUAUCCUGGUCCGUCCUUCAGCCAUCCUAAUUAAUCUUCUCCACCUCCGAGUCCUUAUCCAGUCGGACAGAGUUCUGGUGUUCGAUGCGUUUGGGAGCACCGAUUCUUACACCCAGUCCUUAUUCAUGUACGAUUUGGAAGGGAAACUGCGACAGAAAGCAGACCCCAGGAACGGCUCCCUCAAUCUCCCAUACGAGCUGAGAGCUCUUGAAGCAGUUCUCAUUUCGGUCACUUCAGGACUGGAAGCGGAAUUUGCCCUGGUCCGGGAGCCGGUCACACAUAUCUUAAGAGAGCUGGAAGAAGAUAUCGACAGAGACAAACUACGGCACUUGCUCAUACAUUCCAAGAAACUCGGAACAUUCGAGCAGAAGGCGCGACUGGUGCGAGAUGCCAUCGAGGACCUCCUUGAAGCGGACGAUGAUCUAUCUGCCAUGUAUCUGACUGAGAGGAAGGCCACCGGCAAACCCCGCGCUGAGAACGACCAUCAAGAAGUUGAAAUGCUCCUCGAAUCCUAUCACAAGAUAUGUGAUGAAAUUGUCGAGAUAUCGGGUAAUCUAAUCAGCAACAUCAGAAACACGGAAGAAGUGGUCCGGGCGAUUCUGGAUGCCAAUCGCAACCAGCUCAUGUUGCUCGAGAUCAAGUUUAGCAUUGGCACUCUCGGCCUGGCCGGGGGGACCCUCAUCGCCGGGCUUUAUGGCAUGAACCUGAAGAACUUUGUCGAAGAGUCAGACUUGGCCUUUGGCGGAGUCAGUGUUGUGUGCUUUGGCCUGUCCUGGUUGAUCUGCAUCUACGGCAUGCGCAAAUUGCGCAAAGUGCAAAAGGUGCGCAUGUGGGGUGAGGGACUCGAUCACAGCAUGGGCUACCGUGGCGGCAAGAUAGGAAGUCGAGGAAAUUGGCGCAAUGAAGCAGUGGAGAGCCAGGCGCAGAAAAGCAACAGACUGAAAGCGGGGGGGAGUGCGCAGACUGGCCGUGUGCUUUGGCCUGGUAUGGACGGGCUAGGAAUGCACAAGCUCAACAAUGCCGGAAACGACGACCACCAGCAGCCAGGCGGAGUGUUUGACAGCAACACCAACGCGAGCUCAGACGCUGGAUCCAAUGGACCGGGCAUGACGAUUCACGAGGACGUCGACAACGUGGAGGCCAAGAUGAAGGCUGAUGCGAAGAGGGAGAAAGGUCUGAUGACCAAGGAGCAAAUCAAGGCACAGAAGAGGAAGUGAUUGAUGCACGGUCGCCCUCUCCCGUGCCUCUGUAGUAAUAUAUCUGUGACGAUUACGCGAUGGGUUUCGUCUUCUGUUUUUGGCAUAUAGAUAGAUGGCUGGUCUCAUCUCCUUUGAGCGUUCGAGCGAGGACUGAGACGGACGGUUCUUGCGUAUCUACAUAUAUCGGGGCAACUGCAUUUACAUCGGAGGCACACCAUAGACAGGGUUCGGUGUUGAACGGGAUUAUACGGUGGAAGGCAACUCCGAUCUCAAUCUACCGGUAUAGUGGGCAUUUGGCGCGAGUGAUGCAUCCUGAAAAUGACCAUGGGAUCUACACAGCUGCAGCCGCUAGCCUUGCGUGGAAUAUAGACGAUGAAUCCAUCUCCAUUCCUGAGCGAUCUGGUCGAUUCCCAGGGAAUAGAACUGU